AUGUCUUCCACUGAGGCUACCAACAACGGCGCCGUCGAGAAGGACCUUGGCGCUACCCCCGCCAGCGGCGCCCCCAUGAACCCUCAGAUGUCUGCUGAGGAGCACGAGAUUGCUCGCCAGGCCGCCCGCUUCGGCUACGGCCCUCUCGCCCAUGUCAACACCGCCGAGGCUCGCCUCCCCGCGUUCGGGGGUGAGUUCCAGCCCGGUCUGUACAAGCCCGUCGAGGGUCGCAAGUUCGGUAACCCGGCUCCUCUCGGCCUCUGCGCUUUCGCCCUCACCACUUUCGUGCUGAGUGCUAUCAACAUGGGUGCCCGUGACCUCACUGCGCCCAAUAUCGUCGUUGGUCUUGCCUUUGGCUACGGUGGUCUCGUUCAGCUGCUUGCCGGCAUGUGGGAAAUGGCUGUCGGUAACACCUUUGGUGCCACUGCUCUCUCCUCGUACGGCGGUUUCUGGCUUGCUUUCGCGAUCGUUCUCACACCCGGUGGCUUCGAGAUCGAGAAGACGCUCGAGGGUGUGAGCACUGACGCGUUCCCGAGCUCCAUGGGUCUGUUCCUGCUUGGCUGGUUUAUCUUCACCACCAUCCUGGUCUUCUGCACCCUCCGCUCGACCGUUGCUUUCUUCCUGCUCUUCUUCUUCCUGGAUCUCACCUUCCUGCUGCUCGGUGUUGCCUACCUCUACCACGAUGCCGCCGGCCUCCCCAACGUCAAGCUCCAGAAGGCAGGUGGUCUCUUCGGUCUCCUCUCUGCUUUCGCCGCCUGGUACAACGCCCUUGCCGGUAUCGCCGACACCAGCAACUCCUUCUUCAUCAUCCCUGUCGCCCACUUCCCCUGGUCCGCUACUGGCCGUGAGCGCCGUGGCAAGACCGACCGCGAGCUGGCAUAA